AUGGCGAUUUACGUCGCAUCGCGGCGGCUCUCCAGCAGAACAAGUGCGACGGCGCUGCGUUACGCCACCGCGCUGAGAUCUUAUUCGACGUCGUUUAGGGAGGAGAGGGACACCUUCGGGCCGAUCCAAGUUCCUUCCGAUAAAUUGUGGGGAGCCCAGACGCAGAGAUCGCUGCAGAACUUUGAAAUCGGCGGUGAGCGCGAGCGAAUGCCUGAACCAAUCGUCCGCGCUUUUGGCGUCUUGAAGAAAUGCGCUGCCAAGGUGAACAUGGAAUAUGGUCUUGAUCCGACGAUUGGGAAAGCGAUUAUGGAAGCUUCACAGGAAGUAGCUGAGGGAAAGCUCAAUGAUCAUUUCCCGCUUGUUGUGUGGCAAACUGGUAGUGGCACUCAGAGUAAUAUGAAUGCUAAUGAGGUUAUUGCGAAUAGAGCAGCUGAGAUUCUUGGUCACAAACGUGGUGACAAAAGUGUGCACCCAAAUGACCAUGUGAAUAGAUCGCAGUCUUCUAAUGACACCUUUCCAACUGUCAUGCACAUUGCAGCUGCAACCGAGAUUAAUUCGAGGCUCAUCCCUAGUUUGAAAACCUUGCAUAGCACUUUGGACUCUAAGUCAUUCGAGUUCAAAGAUAUUGUGAAAAUCGGAAGAACUCACACUCAAGAUGCCACACCUUUGACGCUAGGACAAGAAUUUGGUGGCUAUGCUACUCAGGUUAAGUAUGGACUUCAUAGGGUGACAUGCACUCUACCCCGCCUCUAUCAGCUUGCACAAGGUGGAACUGCUGUUGGGACAGGAUUAAACACCAAGAAAGGGUUUGAUGUGAAGAUAGCUGCUGCAGUAGCUGAAGAAACAAGAUUGCCAUUUAUCACUGCAGAAAACAAGUUUGAAGCUCUGGCUGCACACGAUGCUUGUGUUGAAACAAGUGGAUCACUAAACACAAUCGCCACAUCAUUGAUGAAGAUCGCCAAUGAUAUACGUUUUCUUGGAAGUGGCCCAAGAUGUGGUCUUGGUGAACUUGUUCUGCCUGAAAAUGAGCCAGGAAGCAGCAUCAUGCCUGGGAAGGUAAAUCCUACUCAGUGUGAGGCCUUGACUAUGGUUUGUGCUCAGGUUAUGGGAAAUCAUGUAGCUGUGACAGUUGGUGGGUCAAAUGGUCAUUUCGAAUUGAAUGUAUUCAAGCCGGUGAUCGCAAGCGCUCUUUUGCAUUCCAUCAGACUGAUAGCAGAUGCUUCGGUUUCUUUUGAGAAGAACUGUGUGAGGGGCAUUGAGGCCAACAGAGAAAGGAUCGCAAAGCUAUUGCACGAGUCUCUUAUGCUGGUGACAUCAUUGAAUCCUAAAAUCGGCUAUGACAAUGCUGCAGCAGUUGCCAAGAAAGCUCACAAAGAAGGAUCUACAUUGAAGGAAGCGGCUCUGAAGUUAGGUGUUCUGACUGCGGAAGAGUUUGAUACUCUUGUUGUUCCGGAGAAGAUGAUCGGUCCCUCCGAUUGA